UGACGUCACAGCGCGAUGGCGGCGGCUCCUUUAGGCAGCUGAAGGGGGAUUCAGGCCCGGGAGAUCCGAGUCCAUCCGCGGCGGGGAGAGGGCUAGCGGGGCCGGUGGGGCCCGGAGCAGGGGCGGCGGCGCUCGCACUGUCCCCUCCGCCCCGUAUUGAGGCGCUGGGAGCGGCGGGGCGGCCAGAAAGCCAUGGUGAAAGCGGGGCCGUGAGGGGGGCGGAGCCGGCAGCCGGACCCGCAGUAGCGGCAGCGGCGGCGCCGCCUCCCCGAGCUCAGACCCAGGAAGCGGCCGGGAGGGCAGGAGCGAGCCGGGCCCGCCGCCGCCGCCGCCGCCAUGGAGCUCAGGGUCGGGAACAGGUACCGGCUGGGCCGCAAGAUCGGCAGCGGCUCCUUCGGAGACAUCUAUCUCGGUACGGACAUUGCUGCAGGAGAAGAAGUUGCCAUCAAGCUUGAAUGUGUCAAAACCAAACACCCUCAGCUCCACAUAGAGAGCAAAAUCUACAAAAUGAUGCAGGGAGGAGUGGGCAUCCCCACCAUCCGGUGGUGUGGGGCGGAGGGGGACUACAACGUCAUGGUGAUGGAGCUGUUGGGACCAAGCCUGGAAGACCUCUUCAACUUUUGCUCGAGGAAAUUCAGUCUCAAAACUGUCCUGCUACUUGCUGACCAAAUGAUUAGUCGUAUUGAAUACAUUCAUUCAAAGAACUUCAUCCACCGAGAUGUGAAGCCAGAUAACUUUCUUAUGGGACUGGGGAAGAAGGGCAACCUGGUCUACAUCAUAGACUUUGGGCUGGCCAAGAAGUACCGGGAUGCCAGGACCCACCAGCACAUCCCCUACCGCGAGAACAAGAACCUCACAGGGACGGCGCGGUACGCCUCCAUCAACACGCAUCUUGGCAUCGAACAAUCUCGAAGGGAUGACCUGGAGUCACUGGGUUAUGUGCUCAUGUACUUCAACCUGGGCUCUCUGCCCUGGCAGGGGCUGAAGGCUGCCACCAAGAGACAGAAGUACGAGAGGAUUAGUGAGAAGAAGAUGUCUACUCCCAUUGAAGUGUUAUGUAAAGGCUACCCUUCUGAGUUUGCCACGUACCUGAAUUUCUGCCGUUCCUUGCGUUUUGAUGAUAAACCUGACUACUCGUACCUGAGACAGCUAUUCAGGAACCUUUUCCAUCGCCAGGGUUUCUCCUAUGACUAUGUGUUCGACUGGAACAUGCUCAAGUUUGGUGCCAGCCGGGCAGCUGACGAUGCUGAGCGGGAACGUCGGGACCGAGAGGAGCGAUUGAGACACUCACGAAAUCCAGCCACCCGUGGCCUCCCUUCCACAGCCUCAGGCCGGCUGAGAGGGACACAAGAAGUGGCUCCUCCCACACCCCUCACCCCUACCUCACACACUGCUAACACCUCUCCUCGGCCUGUGUCGGGCAUGGAAAGAGAGCGGAAAGUGAGUAUGCGCCUGCACCGCGGCGCCCCUGUGAACAUCUCCUCGUCGGAUCUCACGGGCCGACAAGAUACCUCCCGCAUGUCCACCUCACAGAGGAGCAGGGACGUGGCAUCUCUCCGGCUGCAUGCGGCCCGCCAGGGUGCCCGCUGCCGUCCCCAGCGCCCGCGACGCACCACCUACUGAGGCGGCCCCAGCGGCCUCUGACCGGGCUCCCAGCCACGCAGGCCACUGCUGGCCACAAGGGCAGAUCUGCUUUGGAAUGACACAGUUCCCACCCUGCCACCUCCCCCGAAAAACAUUGAUCAGGUGAUGGUCAGCUGCCCAGGCAGCCAGCGCCCCACCGACAGCCCUGCCCAAGCUAGUCCUGUUUGUGAAAUAAAUAUGAGCGUUGACAGUC